GUGGUUAGUCCGGCUCCGGUGGCUCCUGGGUCGUGGUGAAAGGACGGCAGCCCCCGGUCGGAUUCCAUCCAUCCUGGAGCCAGCACGAGCAAACCAUGCAGGAAUCUACGCUGCCCCGGAACUGAUCCCAGCCCGGCGUGCGCGUCUGAGCAGCUCAGCGUGAGCGGAGAGGGUGUUUGCGGCCGUGGGAGUCGUGGUCAGACAGAGCUUGGCGUGUGGGUUUCUCAGCUCCUGGGGAUGAUACCAUGUCCCACACAGGCUGUCGGAUCGCUGUCAGGUAAAAGCCCUGUGUGAAUACUCAAACUGCCUACAGCUCUUACCUCCCGGCAACAUUGCAAUGAGACGAGAUGUCCAAGAGGGCCAGGCUCGGUGUUUAUCUCGCUUAGGAAGGCACAAGGAGGCUCUGGGUAUUGCAGAAAAAAUGAGAAACAGCGCUACCAACACGGAUCACUUAACAACAGUUCUCAACCUGCAGUUUUCCAUUUACCAGGGUGUGGAAAAUGUAGGAAAAAAGAUCUUGUGUCUGCAGCAACUGAUCUGCUUACAUCCUUUCAACCCCUGGUUCUGGAAAUUUCUUGCUGAAGCUUAUAUGGGCCUUUUACAGAAUUUGUCUCCAUUAGUCGUUCCAGGAACAAAUCUAAAUCCUUCUGAAGAGGUUAGUGUAAGUGACAGUCGUUUCAAAACACCGACUGGAAGAGAGAUUAAUUUGCAGCCUCACCGAUCAGAUGGCCAGAAAGAAGGCCCUUGGUCCAGCCUUGCUGCAGAAACAAAGGGGGAGAAUGCAGUGACUUGUAGCAGCAGCCAAGUGGUGAAAGAAUUCCUCUGCACUUUGGGAGAACUGGAAAGGACGGACGAAGGGAAAUGCGCAGACUCCAAGUCCUGGAAGCAGAACGUGUCGAAGAAAGUUGGGAUAAAGGCAUGUGCCUCGUUUAUUAGAGCAAGGCUUCUAUUUCAGCUUACCCAGUUGCAACAGUCAUCCUUUGUGCUAGAGACUAACAGAAAAGGUCAGAAAGAAAUCGAUGACAAAGUGGCACAACUUGGUUUUGAUGAAAACUCCUUGCUGUUGAUGACCAAGGUUAUGGGGCAGGAUCUUAUACCAGAAAAACUAAAAGAGGAGUUUCAGGGUGAGGUAAAAUGCAUAGGCCCUUCAGCAUUGUCAUCAUUGGUAAAUGCGUCAGUCGUGGAAUUUGAAGUCAAAUGGUUCGGUAAUCUCCAAGAUGAUUUAUGACACUUUGACAGUCAAUUCUAUUCAGAUAUAUAUGUCCCACCUUUAGUAACUUAAAGGUUUUGUUGUAUUUAUUCUUUUAUCUCCAAAUGAUUAUGGCAUGAUACAUGCAAUAAAGUUCAUAUUGCA